AUGCACGCGACAGCCGGGGUGUUAAGAAUGGGCGGGGAGGCGACAAGCACGAGCAGGACAAACGCAAAAGCAAACGCACCGGCACACACCCGUAAAACAGCCCCAUUAGUUCGUAUAAGCAACCAAUUCAAGACGUUUAAACCACUGACGCCGUCAUUGCGCCAUGUACGCAUACCACUCACGGACAUAUCCAACUCUGGGCCAUUCAAGCCACUUACUAUUUCCAAGAGGAAGACGGGUGGACGCAACAGCAGUGGGAGGGUAGUGAGUAGACAUAUAGGCGGUGGACACAAACGCCGUGUGCGCACACUCGACUUUGCCCGUAUAGAAGGUGGUGUGAGGCGAGUAGUGCGUUUGGAAUACGAUCCCAACCGUAGUGCCCAUAUUGCUUUGUUGCGGGGAGAGAGUGGGGCGUCUGAAGCACACCCUCACAGUUCCCCUUGGAGCUACAUCAUCGCACCUAAAGGCCUCAAGGCGGGUGACACGGUGCAGAGCUUCCGCACACUCUCGGAUGCCGGUAUUGCCAAACUCACUGCUGCGGCAUCCCAAGGUGAUUUCUCGGGCGAUGUGCUGAGCAGAGGCGGAGAUAGUGACAAGAGCACAAGCACACCCACACCCACCAAAGUGAGCAGCCUCGACCUGGGUCUGUUGCGCAUGAUAACAGUACGUCCCGGCAACGUGCUCCCCUUGCGUCUGAUGCCCGUCGGCACGCUUGUGCACUGCAUUGGGUUGAAAGUGGGUGGAAAUGGUCUCCUCUGUCGUAGCGCUGGGUCAUAUGGACAAGUAAUAGCUCUGCACAGCGGUCCGCGUUCGCGAUACGCUCAGAUUCGCCUCCAGAGUGGUGAAGUACGCCUAGUGUUGAUGGAGUGCUGCGCUACUGUUGGCGUCGUGUCUAACGAACACCACCACCUCAAGUCGCUCGGUAAAGCUGGGCGCAGCAGGUGGUUAGGUCGCAGACCAUCUGUUAGAGGUGUCGCGAUGAAUACUGUCGAUCACCCCCUCGGUGGUGGCCGUGGUAAGAGUAAGGGCGAUAAAGAUCCUAGAUCCCCUUGGGGCCUUCUCAGCAAGGGCAAGCGCACGCGCAGACCGAAAGACACUCACGGUAAUAAGUAUGUCGUUAGACAGAGAGUUAGAGUUAGAGGUAGGAAGUAG